UACGGCAAAGGAGGCCUUCUGUUGAUGCCGCGGUAGAGCGCCUUUUACGCUAAACGUUAGCACCCGUAUUGCUGCGAGAGUUUCGUUGUUUGCUCAAAUACAAUGGGGAUAGAGGACGAAACGGACCGGACGCUCUUCAUAAGAAAUCUAGAUGCAAGAGUGACGGAGGAGCUUUUGUUCGAGCUGUUUUUACAGGGAGGGCCUCUUAUCAAAACUAAAAUUCCAAAAGACGCGGACGGGAAGCAGAAAACGUUUGGUUUUGCCGUUUACAAACAUGAAGUGUCCGUGCCUUACGCCAUGGAGCUGCUCAACGGGACGUCGCUGUACGGGAGAACUAUCCAUGUGCAGUUCAGAUCCGGUAGCAGUCAUAGCAGCAGUCCAGGGAACUCACAGAAUUCAAGUCCUGCAAAUACCCCGAAUCCCCAUGGCCAGAGAGGCCCUGUCCAGUUGAGUUCUCCACCUUACACUCCUCCCCAAAUGCAGAGGUCCUUUUCUUCCACUGACAAUCUACAGAAGCAUGCCAUGAUGAACAACAUGAUGUGGCAGCUCCACAUGCAGCAGCUUGAGCAGUUGAAUGGUGGCUUCUCUAAACCUAUGCAGUGGCAGCCAUCUGCAGGUGGAAAUUCUGGCGGAGGCGGCUCGAGGCAACACGACAACAAUCCCUAUCGACAGCAUUCCUCCCAGAUGAACAGCAGUAGCAGAGGCCAGCGCCACACGGACGAGUUGGGUUCUGGCCGUCAUCAGCAACACGGCCAUGGGAGAGAUGGCUACCACCAGAACGACAGGAGUGGCAACCGUCACCAUGACAGCAGAGGUGGCAGCCGACAUUAUGACGAUAGGGGUAGCAACCGCGGCUACCAAGAUAAUAGAUGGCGACGAUACUGAGACACGUAAAAGAUUUCUGUAAAGACUUUUGUUCUUCAUAAGUUUGUAGGACGUUUUCUAAAGAUCAUGAGUUAUGUUGACAAAAUGAUGCCGUAUACUCAGGUUGUUUGUACAUGACCUUACUAGCUUGAAGAUUUGUUAUCUCAUGCCUAAAAGCCAUUUUUUGUUUACUUUUAAGGCGUUUUUAAAUUUGUACAUUUGCAUCAUGUGAGCUUUUUCUCACAGAUGUUGAAAAUAUUUUGUGAGGUGGGAUUGUAUUGUCAUGAAAGCAAGGAUAAAUAUCGGACAUGACCGGCAUCAUUUUUGGAAGAUAAAAAAAUGUAUUUAAAAAUUAUUUGGAUAUUGGACACUUUUUAUGUUAUUUGUAAAUGGUGCUCUCUGAAUUUUAAACAUUUGUCAGGUACUUUGCAAAAAAGAAUAAUUUUCAGCAAAAGAUUCCACCAGCAACAGUUUUACUGCAACAGAGCAGCAACCUUUCUUAUUCUUAGAUCUGUUGACUUUGCUCUUUCCAAAAAUGGGCUUUGUUUUAUUUUUUUUUUAUUCUGAUCUGUAAAGCAAACAGUUUUAAAAUGUACAUUUUCAUUACUAUAAAGCUCCUUUCAUUUGA